AGAAUGAGUCCGGCAGAAGGGACUUUAGCAGUUUUACUCGUGACAGUCUGAAUUUCGUUGAACUGUUGAUUGUGGCUGCUGCUUUGUUCUGAUGAGGUUGUUUGUACUAUCUUGUAGAAAAAGCAGUAGAUUAGGCUGAUGAAGUCUGAAGUGUGAAUGUGAUAAGCAUUAGAUUUCGCUUAAGAAGUGGCAGCUAUGGACUGUUUGUCAUGGGUCCCAGUACUUUCUGGUGUUUACUUUUAUGGAUUCGAUUAAGGAUACAAGGGCGGUGGUUCCAUGGUGAACUCCAUGAUAUAGCACGCAUCUUGAAGAUUUUUCUUAAUCUUGCAUAAGUCCAGUGGCUUUGACCUCAUCUUGUACUCUCUGCAGAUUGUGUGGAUGAUAAGUUAAAUCACCUCGUUUGAUUCUCAUAUUAGUCAUCUGCCCUUUGAGGAAAAAUGUUUUCUCUAGCAUCAAGUUGACCGUGUUAACUGCUCUGUUAGGCGCUUCUUCAUUCUCAGUCUCCAAAAAAAUGAUGUUCUUUAUUUAGAAACUUGUCUGAAGACUUUGGGCUGGCACAUCAGAGUUUGACAAUGUUACUUAAGCUGCAAGAGUUAGAGAUGGUGAUUGUUUUUGUGGAAGCCACGAGAAGAAAAGAGGCCUAUGCUUUGUUUUUUAUUUUUAGGAAACACGUGCUUAUAUUUUGUAUGAGUUUUCAAAAGGUUCACAUACUGGUCAUAUUCCCAAUUUCUUCUGAAGAGCGUUCUAAGGAAUCGUGGGCGGGGGUUGGGGGGUAUUUUUCCCUUUAUACAGAAUAGAUAAGGUUUUUGCAGAUUUUGUGAUUGAAUGGCAUACCUCUACUGGUUUUUGCUUUGUUCUAGCUGCUUAUCUUCAGUUAUCUUUCACAGCUAUGAGCUGAGGUCUGAUUUAAACUGGGUAAUCUACCUUAUGUAUGCAUUAAAACUACAGUUUAAAGGGAAUUAGUUUCUGUUUAGAAUAAAGAUCAGCUCAGUAAGUGAGGGUUCAGUUUGCUGAGGCAAUUGUUUCUGAAGAGACAUCCUCAGAAUUGGUCAGUGUGUAGGCUGUUGCCUUUCAUUUGGUUUGGAGAGCUUUUGUAGGAGGUCAACAAGAACGAAGCUUCUGGAAGUUUCCCUGCUUCAUCCUGCGGAAUAACUUUGAAUGUGUAUGCUCAAUGGGCGUUCUCUGUUAAGCAUGUUGUUACUACUUUGCAAAGUGCCGGUAUGAUGCAAAAAGGGAAAUAUUUGGUGUAGAAAGCUUGUGCUUAGGUUGCUGUGUCUUCAAGAUUUUGGUAUUCAGGAGAUCUAGAGCCAAUAUUCUUUCUUUGAGAUCUUCUAUAGCAGACAGGUCAAGUUCUUGAGACUUUAGGAUGAUAUACAAGAUAUGUAUGAAAGAGCAAUCCUUCACAAAAGUGAACACCAGAGUUUGGAAUCUCUAUUUUAGUGGGGUUUUUCCACUGAUUAUCUAUUGACAACAGAAUGUGUGUUUAAGUAACUUUUCUGCUCAUCCAGCCUGUUUCUGACUAUAGUACUCAUGCUGUUAAUAAUUGGAAUGAAUUGUCAGAGAAAAUGGUCACUUUUCAGUUGCUAUUCAGCACUUUAUUUCUAUAUCAUAUUAAACACUGGAGUUAGUAACAAAAUAAAGCAAUAAAUUCUGGCACAAAUUUCAAAAUAUGUGGAUAAGCCACUGACUGGAUUCUAUGAGUUAAUUGCUGUUGGGAAGAGCUUUGAAGGUGAAGUUUUGUAUGCAAAGGUUCUUGGACAUGUCUAUGAAUCAUUGAGCCCUUUCUUUGGUUGCAAGGUGAAGCUUUUUAGUGGCCUGUGGAUUUGGUGUCCUGUUAUGUAAUUGCUUGAAAUGCAAUGAUGCAGCCGUAAGAUAAGAUGUAUUGAGUAGGGUACAAUCAAUAUUAAGUGGCCUUCUGAUAGAUUGUCGUCUGAUUAAGAUUCAAUCCUUGUUUGGUUGCAUGAUUUUUCUGUUACUGGUCUUUGUCUGCGGAGUUUGAGGCCUGAGUAAGAACUAAUGUCAGAUGAUGGAAUCUGCAAUUCUGUGGAUUUUCUACUCAUGUUAUGCUGGAAAGAGAUACAGGCCGUCCUCGUGGAUUUGGGUUUUUGACCUUUGCUGAUCGACGGGCAAUGGAGGAUGCUAUCAGGGAUAUGCAUGGUCGAGAGUUUGGAGAGCGAGUCAUCUCAGUUAACAAGGCCCAACCGAAAAUGGGUGGUGAUGAUCCAGGACAUGGCUAUGGAAGUUAUUCAUCAGGUGGGAGGGGCGGUUAUGGAGGAGAUAGGUCAGCAGGGCAGGAUGAUUGCUUCAAAUGCGGCCGACCAGGACACUGGGCCCGAGAUUGUCCAUCAGCAGGUGGUGGCCGAGGUGCACGUCCAUUCUCACCUCCACGUUCAAGGUAUGGGGGAGCUGGUGCCCGUGGGGAUCGCUAUGCAGCAGAUUAUCGUGAUCGGUAUGAGGAUGAUCGAUACGACAGGGGUCGUUAUGGUGAUAGAGAUCGAUAUGAAAUCAGAGAUGAUCGAUAUGGGAGCCGUGAUCGAUAUGUUACCGACAGGUAUCCACCACCACCUGGAGACCGUUUUCCUGUAGAUAGGUACGGGGCAUCAGACCGGUACCCUCACAAUGGAUAUGGCAAAGACAGGGCUUAUGAUAGGGAUGGAGGCCCCAGAGGUAGCAGUGACAGGUAUGGAGGUGGUGCAGGACUGGGGCCUGCUCGAUAUGAAGGAAGAAGCUAUAGGGGACGGCCUGGCCCCUACGACCGCCCUAGGAGGGGAGGGCGACCCCCUUCCUUGGAACGCUAUUGAAAGGUCUUGUGUAUUUUCUGCUGUUUCAACAAAAUUCUGCAGUCGUACUAACUAACAAAUAUGAAUUUAAGCUUGCUCUCUGUAGGAUUCUGCUGUUAAUAUGGAUUAGAUUCUGAAGUAGUACAACUUUCACUAUGCUUUUAUGAUUAUGUUUAUGGAUAUUAGCGGUAUGCCUAUACACAUUCCAUUUCAUUUGCCUGAUGAGAUCACUGCCGAGUAAACUAAAAUUUCAAGGGUGGUUUA